UGGCCCCGCCUCGCUUCCCCCUCGCUGUCUCCCUCGGCCUGCGCCGCCGCCGACGCCACUCGUGGGCCCGGCUCCGCUUCGUUCGCUUCGCCGCCUGCCUCCCCGAGUGCUGCCCGUAGGCCGCCAUGGCUAACGUGGCCGACACGAAACUGUACGACAUCCUGGGCGUUCCGCCCGGCGCCAGUGAGAACGAGCUUAAGAAGGCAUACAGAAAGUUAGCCAAGGAGUACCAUCCAGAUAAGAAUCCAAAUGCUGGAGACAAAUUUAAAGAAAUCAGUUUUGCCUAUGAAGUAUUAUCAAAUCCAGAGAAGCGUGAGCUAUAUGACAGAUAUGGAGAACAAGGUCUUCGGGAAGGUAGCGGUGGAGGUGGUGGCAUGGAUGAUAUUUUCUCUCACAUUUUUGGUGGAGGAUUGUUCGGCUUCAUGGGCAAUCAGAGUAGAAGUCGAAAUGGCAGAAGAAGAGGAGAGGACAUGAUGCAUCCGCUAAAAGUAUCUUUAGAAGAUCUCUAUAAUGGCAAGACAACCAAACUACAACUUAGCAAGAAUGUACUCUGUAGUGCAUGCAGUGGCUGUGUCUUUCAGACGAUUGCAUUUGAAUGUCCUCUCUUUUCAGGAGAGGUAAUUAAUGAAAAGGACCGCUGUAAAAAAUGUGAAGGAAAGAAGGUGAUUAAAGAAGUCAAGAUUCUUGAAGUUCAUGUAGACAAAGGCAUGAAACAUGGACAGAGAAUUACAUUCACUGGGGAAGCAGACCAGGCCCCAGGAGUGGAACCAGGAGACAUUGUUCUUUUGCUACAGGAGAAAGAACAUGAGGUGUUCCAGAGAGAUGGCAAUGAUUUGCACAUGACAUAUAAGAUAGGACUUGUUGAAGCUCUAUGUGGGUUUCAGUUCACAUUUAAGCACCUUGAUGGACGUCAAAUUGUGGUGAAAUACCCUCCUGGCAAAGUAAUUGAACCAGGAUGUGUUCGUGUAGUUCGAGGUGAAGGAAUGCCACAGUAUCGUAAUCCCUUUGAAAAAGGUGAUCUUUAUAUAAAGUUUGAUGUGCAGUUUCCUGAAAACAACUGGAUCAACCCAGAUAAGCUUUCUGAACUAGAAGAUCUUCUGCCAUCUAGACCAGAAGUACCUAAUGUAAUUGGAGAAACAGAGGAGGUAGAGCUUCAGGAAUUUGAUAGCACUCGAGGCUCAGGAGGUGGUCAGAGGCGUGAAGCAUAUAAUGAUAGCUCUGAUGAAGAAAGCAGCAGCCAUCAUGGACCUGGAGUACAGUGUGCCCAUCAGUAACUCUGCAAACAAAUUGCACAGGUGGAUUUUCUUUCCACAUUUGCCUGAUUUGUUCUCAGCGAGCCAGCUGGAGUGUCUGAUCAAUCCAGAUGAACUGAUGGACAUCUGUUGGUCUAUGUGUAACUUUUAAAAUUGGUAUAGUAUCUACAGAGUGUAUAAUUUAAACUAACCACAAAGCUUUACAUCUUCAUUUCGACUGUUCUGUAGCAGUUAAAGCACUUGAAAGGAAACAAGACUCCCUUUCACACAUCGGUUAUGAGUUUCAGUCUUUAUCUGUGCUUGAUUUUUAUCAGUUUUGUGUAGAUUUUAUGUUUCAUAUUUUAAAUUCAAAUCCCACAUUGUAAAGUUUGUACAAUUUGUCCUGAAGCUUUGUGUUUGGCUGCACCUGCAUAAGCUGCUACAAAUAGAAUAAAGAAUUUCAUAGCCUGUAUCUAUCAUUUAGAUGCAUGGAAAAUGGGCUUUGCACAAAAUGGGUUUGGAGCUGACUGGGAACAAUGGAAAAAAUUACAUUAGCAGUGGUUGUAUAAGUUUUUUUGGGUCCCCCCCUUUCUUAUCCCCCCUUUUUUUUUAACCAUCUUAUGGAAGGUUUCUGAAACUUGAUAAUAAAAAGCAGUUGGUGUAAAUUAUUCUUUGUGUCACAUUUUUAGAAGGAAGAACACAUUUUGAACUGCAAAAUGCAUCUUUAAACUGAAGAAUGUAUCCUUAGUUCUGGUUUUUAAACAGCCCUUAAAAACCCAUUGGCUUGAAGCUUAGGCCUCAGGCACCUGCCCAUUUUACAGUUGAGACAAAGGUUGGUAGAAACAGGCUUUAUUGACUUCCAACUGAUGCUUUGUAGAGUCAAGGACUUCUAAGUUAUGUAAUUCCUAAGUUAUGAUCCUGAACAUUGGGGCUAGCCCAGGCCUCUGUAUCUCCCUACCACCACCCUCUUUUAAAAAUAAGGUAACGGCAAAUCAAUAAUAGAACCAUGUUUGCAUAGAACCUGUUAAAAUGCUCUGUUUUCAUUAAAUGUUAAGUUAAAAAUAUGCUCUGUCUCCAUUAAGUUGAAUAUUUGAAAUUGGGGGAAGCAUUGACUAUUUGAUUUUCUAUAAUGUUUUAUAGAAAAGAAAGACAUAGGCUGAUAAGAGAAAAAUCAGGUAAAACAACUUUAAAAAGGAUGUUGUAUUCCUCUUCUUUCCAUCUUUUCUAUUCACUCCUAGAGUUGAUAGAGAACAUGCUUGAGGGAAAAGAAACAUUUACAUUUGUAAAGAAACAAGUGGGGAAACUGAAACUAAAAUUUUAAAAUGUAUUUUGCCAUCCCUGAGCCUAAAUAUAGCACUUGUAGUGUAUUUCUAGAUCUGUUAGAACCUGAGUGAAAAAGAAAAAGUGUCCUGACACUAAUCAAGGCCUGUGAGGUUUAAAUUAUUGCCCUAUCCACUCUACCUCCAUUGUACAAAAAAAUAUUUUACAAGAAGCCUGGGCAAGAUUCAACAGCAUAGUAGUUUUGUAUUCAGGGUUGCUUCCCCACAACACUAAACAUAAGAAAUGCAGUGGCAAUAUAAAGUUUGUAGCCUUUCCAAUAAAGGUUUAUAAAACAGUU